UACGUCAUUUGAAGGCUGGCCAACAACAUGGUUCAUUGCCCCAUAAAGCUGUCACAUCUAUAAUACAUUUUAAAAAAAUCAUAAAAAAAUAACUAAAAAAAAACAAACAAUUAUAGAUGUGACAGCUUGAAAGCAGUAGCCUAUACACUUCCACAAGGAACAAUAUUCUAAAAACUAUAAUAGUCUACAUCUAAGAACUUCAAUUUUGGCUUGAUUGAUCGAAACUUUUUUUUUUAAUCUAACACCGUAACAGAUUUUCACAUUUCAAAAUGGAGAAUAACCGCCAGUGCAGAGUAAGCGUUGACAGCGUAGAGAUAUUCCGUAAGAAAAGACCCCAUUCUCCUAGCAGAAGUAAAAUGUACGUUACAGAAAGAAAAGAAAUGCCUCAACAGCGACAAGCCACCAAACGAUACAGCGUCGCAGAGGCCUCAGAAGAAGCCAGCGGCAAGUCCAUAUUUGACGCCAGCAUCAAGCCAGUCAACACAGUAGGCGACGGUUCCCACCCAAAAGACUUCACACAUCAGGUGCGAGCCACGGACAUCGCCGAACCGCACUCCACGCAGACGGGGCCCUCCCUGAGGGAAAGGAGCGCGCAGCUUCCGAAGAGAUGCUCCGACAGAGUGCGCUGCAAGUCGGGUAGGCGUUCGUGGAAUCACUGCUGCGACACCCCCAGGGCUUGCUGCGGGAACAAGAUCUGCUCCGGGGAACCCAAAGACUUUCAAAUACAGGCUGAUCCUCGGGAGAUAGGGUCCAGCGAGUCGGUGCAAACUGGCCCUUCGUUAGCCGCCAGCGGGUCAUUCUGUCGAUUCGACUACAAACUAAGAAAGGUUAAGAAAUGGCCAGCGGAUAGCAGCCAGCAAUGUGACUGUCCCAAAAAACAAGAAUAUCAUGUCUCCUGUGCUGAAAACAGGGAGGGGUGUGGAGCUUUCCACCAACAAGUCAAGUCCACGGACAUUCAGUCCAGCGAUGUGGUUCAGACUGGCCAGUCUGGGCAGUGUACGGAGGGCGACAUCAUCUUAUACGGCACAGCCAAGCGCCAGCCCACCAAGGCGUACAAGCGACACAACAGUAGCGAUGACUACGUCUGGUGCGAGUGUAUGCGGGUGAAGGGAACGGAGGGGCAGAGUCACGUGGGCACCCAGGUCGCCGCUACGAACAUCUCUCCCUCCAAGUGCAUCCAGACGGACAGAUGCCUAGCCAACGCGUGCCUGACUGGCAGGAAGAUAAGGAACACGGACUGGGAUGACUGCAGGUGCAGCUCGGCCAAAGGUGCUCCCGGGGGCUCUGGAAAGAAGAGGACGAUCUCACAGGCGGUCAAGCCGUUGGACAUAUCAGACUGCACAGAAAUGCAGACCGAGUCCUCGCUCGACCUAACCGAGGUCUACACCAGGAAGCGGGAGGUUUGCCCCGGCUCCCAAAGAAGCGGAGACAUCAUACGAUACGGCAGGGCCAGGGACAUCUGCGAUGACUGCGUCCAGAUCAGGGUGAAAAUACCUAAGAACGCUCGACUCACAGAGAGGUCCACUCAAGUCGAAGGCCGCAAUAUCAAUGUCGAAGACGGCAAUCAAACCGUUGAGUGCUGUGGGACGUGUGACUGCAAUUAAAAUAAAUUAUAGCUAUGCUGUUACCACAAAGUAACCGACGACCACAGAAUGCCUGUUGUAGCUUUUCUGAAGACUUAAAUGGCGUUUGUGAAUAUCAAUAUAUUAAUUGCAAGGCUAACACGGAGAUGAACAAAUCAAAUUUCACGACUUCAUUUAUUUAUUUAGUGAUUGUACAGGCCGACGAAUUUCUCAAAUUAUAAAAGAAGAUGGUGGACUUCCUCUUAUGAUGGGAGCAUGCGCACUCUGAAAGUUAUGCAUAUUUUCAAGAAGCCACGCUUUACUAGCUUCAUUUCGCUUUUGAAAAAUGUCCGGUGCACUCGCCUUAAAUCUACCAGAACCAGUAGCACUAACUCUAGAUGUAUUAGGUCUAUCUCCCCGACACGUUUUAGUAGAGUGUUUUUCAACCAAGCAGGGCGCCUAACCUCACGAAAUAUAAAAUCUUGUGAAUCAUGUA